AUGAUUUUCUCUUACAUCACCUUAAUUCAUAGAUACGUGUAUGACCAACGUUUGUGUUGCUUGUUACCCGAGCAAGCAACCUGCGUUGUUCAGGAACCUCCUCAUCCUCUCUUCACAUGCCGUAAGACGUUUCUCCAGAACACUACGAUCAAGGUCUUCAUCUGGAUCCUUGGUUUGAGCGCCCUCUGCGGUAACUUCUUUGUCAUCACCUUGAGGAUCAGGAGCGCUCCCAUGACAACGGUUGCUAAGAUACAGUCCAUGUUCAUCACCAACCUAGCAGUGUCCGACUUCUUAAUGGGCGUUUACAUGCUGUUGAUAGCAGUCAUGGACAUCUACAUCGGAGACUCCUAUUUCUGGGAAGGUCGGGCCGAUGAGUGGCGCUCCAGUGUUACUUGCCAGAUUGCAGGGUUCCUAUCUGUCCUGAGCAGCGAAGCAUCGGUCUUUCUUUUGACCUUGAUAACAGCUGAUCGUUUCAUCUCUAUCAUGUUCCCCUUCAGCCGCCAUCGUCUAAGCAUCGCAUCUGCUCGCCUCGCUCUGGCUGCCAUCUGGAUAGUCGCCCUUUUUCUCAGUCUAAUCGGUGUAUUGUUGAUAACCAUCCACCCCGAUGCCUACGGCCUCAGUGAUGUCUGCGUUGGUCUCCCAUUCAUUAGGAAAUCGACGGAUAUCUCCACUGAGAUUGACCAGCGUUCGUCUGCUCAGUACAACACGGUGAUCUACAACGUUGCCUCUGGAUCCACCGUCUCAACAUGGCAGUACUCCAUCGUCCUGUACCUUGGUGUCAACCUGGUGAGCUUUGUCAUCAUCCUCCUCUCCUAUAUCGUCAUCUUCAUCAAGAUACGACUGGAUCAAGCCGAGGUCGGACGGAAGUCUGAAGCAGCCAUGGAGAUCAAGAUGGCUCUGAAGAUGUUCCUGAUCGUCGGCACCGACUUCUGCUGUUGGAUGCCCAUCAUCAUCCUCGGCGUCCUAGUCCAGACGGUCGGGGUCGAUGUCACACCCGACAUCUACGCUUGGUUGGUGGUGUUCGUCCUGCCCAUUAACUCAUCUCUGAACCCAUAUCUGUACACCAUCAUCCACAUGUCGUCAAAGAAGCCUGUAAAUGAGAAGAGCAAGCAAACCAUUGUCAGCAUGGUUAGUCGGGAUAAGGAUUAAUUAGAAGGCAGUCAUUCUUUCACCGCAGGCCGAUGUACCAUCACGUAAGAAGAUAGUCUUGGAGAGGACAUCUUGACCCAGCCAUGGCGAUUUAAAGACAGGCCCUCACUCCACUUUGUUCAGGGUUGCAGUUUCUCACUUUCACAUUGAUCAGCAUUUAGAAUAGU